AUUUGAUGAAACUGUUGGUUUCCAUGUGUAUUAAUCUCAACAUAUUUAUUCGUGUUUGUAGUAUUUCAAUGUAAUUGUGAUAAAUGUGAUGAGCAUUGGAAGUAAAUAUUCUCCUUCUACUUUUAUUUAGGGAUUUUGCAUUAUUUGCUGCUGAGUCAGGCCAGGGGAGUUCUGCGGCACACAUAAUGGAGCAGUGGACUGCAUCUGGUUUAACAGAAAUCCGCUUGGUAAAUUACACAGUUCUUCUCAGCUUGCCCGAUACAGACCAAAACAAAAUCAUUCUCACGAACAGCAGCCAGUGCUUUUAUCCAAGUGGACAGCAAUGCAGUACUCUCCCCUCAGCCCCGCUUGGGAGAAAGGAGAAGAAUGACCUUCUUUAUUCCUAUGCAGCAUAUUCUGCCAAAGGAUCUCUGGAGGCGGAGAUCAUAGAUGUACAGUAUGGAACAAUUGAUGAUUUGCUCCGACUUCAAUCAAGUACCAAUGUAACGAAAAAAAUUGCACUAAUUAAACUUGGACAGGCACCUUUACUGUACAAGCUCUCUUUACUAUUGGAGGCUGGUUUUGGAGGAGCUUUAGUCUACAUCGAUCCCUGUGAUUUACACCCAAGGGAGAAGAUAGGCAACAAAACAUUUUGGCUUUCUUUAAACCCUGGAGGAGAUCCAUCUACACCAGGAUAUCCCAGUGUUGGUGGAAGCUUCAGAGAGCAUCGCACAAACCUUACAUCUUUGCUGGUCCAGCCAGUGGCUGCAUCCUUGGCCAAAUCACUUCUUUCUUCCACUGAGGAGCCAAACAGAAAUGGAUGUUUUCACCUCAUAAAUUCAAGUCGAGUCAGGAAAACCAUCAGGCUGGAGGUGGGAAAAAUCUCAGAAUAUAAGACGAUUCAGAAUGUAAUAGGCUUCCUCAAAGGAUCUAUCAACCCAGAUAAGUAUGUUGUUGUUGGUAGUCACCAUGGCAACAAGGAAGAACCCUGGACCAGCAGUACUUCCAUCAUUACAGAGAUAAUCAAAGCGAUAAUGUCCCAGGUUCAGAAAAGACAUUGGCGGCCAAACCGCAGCAUUUUAUUCUGUUGCUGGGGAGGAACUACGUUUGGCAACAUUGGCUCAUACGAGUGGGCAGAGGAGAUGGAACCUGUUCUGCAGAAUAAUGCUGUGGCUUAUAUCAACAUAUUCAAACCUGUUAUGGGAAAUGGAAGCCUGCAUACUGUAGCAUCUCCAUCGCUUUGGCAACUAGCAACGGAUGUCAUAAACAUGAGAUUUUCUUUAAACUGCACAAAUGAAGAACGGUGUCCGGGAAGAAAGGUCAACUCAAUUCAGGUGGAAGGGAACAGUGAUUUCUUCAUCAAUCAUCUCGGCGUGCCAACUGUUCAAUUUGCAUAUCAAGGGACAAGUGCGUCAAUGGGACCAGGAUUUCUGUCUGAAGCUCUUGGAGUUCAUGAUGCGUCGGCAGCCGAGGCUUUGGAUCCAUUUUUUAAUCUUCAUGAAACUGUCGCUAAGUUGACAGCUGAAAUGAUUCUGCACAUAGCCAAUGAUCCAGUUCUACCUUUCAGUGUUUUGGAUGUAGCCCUGGAGGUUCAAGAACAGCUCACAGAUAAAAGUGUCGCUACAGAUCAAAUUCUGACACUCGCCAACGCACUGAGGGAAACUGCACAACUUUUUCAGUCAGAUGAAAUGCGACCAGCUAAUAAUCCAAAAGAACAAGACCCUGCGCAUCUGAGAAUGUUGAAUGACGUGCUGCAACAUGUGGAGAAAAACUUCCUCGUUGAACAGGCUCCUCCGGGUUAUUAUAGAAAUAUUCUGUAUCGUCUCGAAGAAUCGUCAGAUCAGUUUUCUAUUUUAAAAGAAGCUUUUAACCACUCCAGACUUCAACAGUCAAACCAAACUCUAUCUGCAGUUCUAUCGGAAGUGAUGAACUGCAUUAGGUCUGCUCAGGUGUAUUUAAAAACAGGUUUGGAUGUGUUUGAGAAUAUUCAAAACACAAAAAAGCAAACCAGUGUUUAGAAAAUGUGCAAUGGUGCAUAAGUUAACAAUUUCCUUUUUUGGAAUAUAUUCCUUAAAAAAGGAAUUUAAUUUUGCCAAAGGAUAAAUGCGUGGUUACUUACAACAGGAAUUGAAUAUGGUGCCCAUUACAAAUGAUCAAAGUACCAUUUGAUGGUGAUCUUUAUUGAUAAGUGGCAAUUAUUAUUAACAACCCAAUUGAGUCAGACUCAGUAAUUGCAGUCAUGGGUUAAGAAAAUAUGGCGUAGAUAAUAUUGAUGUCGAUACCAGGUCAUAGAAUGGCCCGACGGUUUCAGUCUUAAAAGGCUGUUAACUUCUAGGUUGGAAAGUUGUGGAAAAAGAGACUUACAUUGCCUGAAAUAAUCAUUCAGUCCAUUUUCAAAAUGAACGCUGGAACCAAUGAAUGUUGUAUAAAUGCUUAAUUAUUUCCAUUAUAAGAUACCUCAAAAUGGGCAAUUAGUGACGUUGACAAAGUCUCGUGAGAAUUUUAUUUGGUUAUAAAUCAUAAUGUGCCUUCCAGAUUGAAGUGUAUGUUAUGUUUAUGAGGAGAAUUAUUCAUUGUAACCUGUGGUAUGUUGCCAUAAAGUGGCACAGAUUUGUAAAGUCAAUGCCUUGUAUAAAACAGAGACCACUUAUUUUUAACAACAAAUAAUACAGGAAACAAAUCUAUAUUUUUUUCAGAUUAAUCUGCAAAAGUGCAUUAUUGUGAUAAUAUCUGCUGUACCUGAUCCAUUAUAUUUUGACGAUUGAAUGCUUGUCGACAAGCUGAACAUUUGGUACCUAUUUAAUUUUGUUAAUAUCAGUAAGUACAUUCUCAACCAAGAUAGAAAACAUGAGAUGUUUUUACUUAAUAGUGUGGCAGAUGGGUGGCUAGUUUUCAGAGUAUUUGUGUAAACACUUCAAUAUUAGCCGUGUUAAAAACAGUUUCAAAGUUGUAUUGUUACUUUCCAUAUGUUAAGUUAAAUUUGAAGUCGAUUAUUUUCCUAUUGUGAAUAAGUUGGAAAGUCACAAAAUGGUCUUUCUUAGCUCCAACUGAGAUCCAGUGUAAUGGAGACACAAGGAACUGCAGAUGCUGGUUUUUCAAAAAAAGGCACAAAGUAUUGGAGUAAUUCUCCAAGUCAGGCAGCAUCUCUGGUUAAUGAGUGACUUGCUGUUUCAGAGUCUUAAGAAGGGUGCCAAACCAAAAUGUCACCUAUCCAUGUUCUCCACAGAUGCUGCCUGACCCGCUGAGUUACUCCAGCACUCUGAAAUGUCACCUAUCCGUGUUCUCCAGAGAUGCUGCCUGACCCGCUGAGUUACUCCAGCACUCUGUGUCUUUUUUAGAGAACCAGUGUAAAUUGGAAAUGCAAUCCUAGCAAUCUUCAAAACUGUGGAAAG